AUGAUUGACCGAAAUAUUUCUAUGAAAGAACAGUCGACUGCUCAAUCAUCGUAUCAUCAUCAGAAAAUUUCUAAUAAACUUAUCAAUACGGUACCGCCACGUCUAAUGUCUGAAACGGUUUCGAGUAUCAUCAAUGCCUUCUCAUUUUUCGAUCUGAAUGCAGAUCAAUUCAUCGAAUUCGACGAAUUACGACGAAUACUCAAUGCCUUAAAUUUCAAAAAAACGAAUGACGAAUGUUAUGAUAUAAUCAACGCAUUCGAUCUGAAUAAUGAUCAAAAGAUUGACUUUCAUGAAUUUGUGUUUGCUCUUACUCGUCUGAUCAAACACGAUGUCUUCACCUUGACUGAUAUCCAACAAAGGUUCAGUAAAUUCGAUGAUGAUCAAGAUGAGAAGUUAACUGUUGCCACUCUGCCGAUUUUCUUACGGAAAGGUUUGGGAAUCUCAGUGACUGAUCGUGAAAUCUUCGAAUUACUUGCGAAAUUUGAUAUAGUCGAUGAAGCAAGAAAGAUAUCUUUCGAGAAGUUGAUCCGAAUGCUGCAGUACGCAGUUCGACAAGGUGAGAAAACACAAGCACCGGAGUAUAUGAAGAAAUUAAAUCACCGUUGCGGACCAGCAGUACGAAAUCUUCGUAGUAAUGAUAUGAAAUUAUUGAAAAAAAGAAUAGGAGGUUAUCUUUCGUCAUCCAUGGAAGACGCACAUUUCUACAGUAAAUAA